AGAAACUGAGGGUUUCGGCACCAAAUCAGCUGCGCAGAGGCUCAGAUUGUUAUGUUUUGCUUGUGGUGUGAAAGCAGCUGUUUCGCGGAUACCUACCGUUUCUAUGAUCCUUUGACUCCGUACGGAACCCAAACAAAGAGCAUUAUACAAAACGGAUUAUUGUAAUCAACGACUUCUCAGUUCUAUUUUCAUCAUUAUUUAAUAGCUCUGGGGAGCUAUUUCUUUUACAAGACUAUUACCUCGUGCGAUUUUGUCUGCAUUGCAUCUAUUUCGACGGAAUAAUUGCGGAUUUUACUCGACGUGGUAGGAAUCUGAUAAUUUUAGAGGAAAUAGUUGGAAUGGUCAUUUCAAGAUAUAAAUUCUUCAUGUACCAUUCAUUGGAAGUCUUAAGUGUUCAUUCAAGUCUUUUCUCAAAACCUAAAGAGAAAGAUGCAGUUUUAUAAGAAUUAGUGACAAACAGAAUGCAAAUUUCAAUGUUGUGAACUAAGUGAUAUGUAGAUAUAUCCACCUGUUACUUUUUUUUAUCUGGUCAUACGAGCUUGAAUAUUUGGUUGUGACUGUGUUGUGUUAGGUGUGGGAAGAUUUUACUUUUUUAUUAUUUUUAAUAAACAUAGUGACAAAAAUCUUUUAAAGCUGGCGGGCGUUACAUUAAGCUACAACACUAGUACUACUAGUAAUAAGAUUGGAGGACACUACUCUUACGACAUGGUGAAGACUUUCCAAGCCUAUUUACCAAAUUGCCAUCGGACUUACAGUUGCAUACACUGUAGAGCACAUCUUGCUAAUCAUGACGAGUUGAUAUCAAAGUCAUUCCAAGGAAGCCAAGGUCGUGCUUAUCUCUUCAAUUCUGUGGUGAACGUGGGUUGCGGACCUGCGGAAGAGAGGGUACUGCUGACUGGCCUUCAUGCAGUUGCUGACAUAUACUGCGAGUGUUGCAAGACGACACUCGGGUGGAAAUAUGAACAUGCCUUUGAAUCCAGCCAAAAAUACAAAGAAGGGAAGUUUAUCAUUGAGCUAGCUCAUAUGAUAAAGGAGAACGGUUGGGAUUAACCCCACUUCCGGUUGUGAGCGUGCUCAUCAUUUGUUUUCAUUGCACAAACUGUGCAGGCACCGUUUUCUGCAGUGAAACCUUUAAUUGCAUCCAAUGAAGCUUGAACAUAUAUAGCGGCAGUGCUCACAACUCUGUUUACAAAAAUAUGAAAUCAUUUUAUUCACUCAUCAUUCGCAUUAUUCAUAUGGAGAACUCUACCUGCUGGAACUAUAAUCUAUGUGUCAUGAUUUCUAUAUCUUGAUGUUUUAUAUCCUCACGUAUAUGAUAAUUGCUUGUCAGUUUUUUGUGAUGAUGAUAUAUGCCUUCUAAUCAAAUUUUUCUCUAUUGUUUUCCUAGGAAAUUAGACAAUUGUUAACACGUUAUUUGCCAUGACGGAAUCGUGUUACGCUAUGGGAAAUUCAGUGGCAAAACUAAUAUUUCCUCCUCAAAAUUAUUAAAUUUAAUUAUGAAAAAUUUUCUUUAUAAGUAAAUUUAGAUAUAAAAUCAAUCAUAUUAUCUACAAUGAUUAAUUAGUAUGAUUUGAAAAAAAUGUCUGCUGUGGUUGGUUUAGAUAAGAGCAUGAUAUGCUAUUUGAAUCUAUUGAUUUUGUUUCAAUUAUUCAGUGUAAUAAUUAUUUUAGAAUAUCUUUUAUCACAACUCGCGCUUCUCUUUCUUUCUGUUUACUUUUUUUUAAAGGAAAGUAAUGAGCUUAAUUAUUGUAUGUUUCGUAUUAAAAGUCAUAUGAAAUGUAGUUUUCAUCUCUUUUUCGGUAUUACAUUCCAGUUAUUUCAUAUAGUUUGAAUUUGAAUAGAAAAUUUAUUUUUAUGAUUUCAUUUAAUUUUUAUGUUUUUUUUUAUCACUAACAUCAGGUGUGAAGUUGUCAAAACAAAAUUAAACCCAAAUAAAAUAAGUCAAUUCAGAGAAUUGAAAAAGUAAAAUAAUUAUAAAAAAUAUGUACUUUUGUACUUAAUUAUUGAUUAUUUUUUUAUUCUUAUGGCCUCAAAUAUAAAAUUUUAUUGUUGUAAUUAACUUGAAUUAUCAUUUUAAGAUUUUUGUUUUAUAUCAAAAGCAUGUGUAGUGCAAUGAAUUAAAUUUGAGAAAUUAGAAAGUAAGUUAUUAUACAAAAGAGUUCGUAAUUUCUUACUAAUCCCCGAUUUUAUUUGAUAUUACUAGCAGGAGUUUUUUUCCAUUAUUUUUACAAUAAGUAUUGUAACUGACUUUUUUUCCUAUUGUAAGAAUUCGUUUUCUUAAAUCAGAGGUGUGUGGAGGUGAAAUUAAUUAAAUAUUAAACAAUUAAAAGUUAAUUAUUUUAUGGAAGUUUGUAGUUUCUUACUAAAAAAUCACAGAUUAUGAUUAUUACUUCAAAUAAUCAUUAUUAUUAUCCCUAAUAAUGAAUAGUUUGUAUCACUGAGCAAGAAUUUGAUCUUGCAAUUGGAAUUAUAUUAGAAAUUAAAUUUUACAUUGAAAAUUAAUUAAAUUUCAAACAAUUAGAAACCAAUUUUAUUAUGUAAGCUAGUAGUUUCUUACUAAUAAAUCACUGAUUAUGAUAAUUAAUUAAAAUAAUCAUUAUUAGGAUUGCUAAUAAUGAUUAUUUGGUAUCACUGAGCAAGAAUUUGAUUUUGCAAUUGGAGUUGUGUUCAAAACAAUCACAUGGCAGAUAGUGUGUUAACGCAAAUUUUGCAUUUAAUUUCCACAAUUAUUAUUUAUAAUUAAUUUUUCAAAUUGUUAUAAUCGAGGGAUAAUCUUUAGUUGAAGCAUGUACUGUUUAAAUAGCUGUAAUUUAAUGGAAUAUUGUAAUGUUAAUGCUUGCAUUGGUUCAGUGUUUGUGGUGUGGAGCACAGUCUGUUUCUUAGGAAAUAAUUACAGUAAUAAUUGAGCUUUUAUUUUUUUUUAAAACUAAAUGUGACCUAAUCACAAAGAUACCAGGUAGGAGUCUAUAGCUUGGCACUGCAUGCUGUACAAAUCAUCACUUGGAUGCACUCAGUCAUCAUUCAUUUGUAAUUUGUACAUAACUUUUUUAAUAUUUUGUUUCUUUUAUCAAAUGAGGUGAUUAUGUUUUGUUUUUUUAGCAUUUGUGAGUUAUGUGACUUCUUAAUUUUACAAAUGGCUGGUUUAUUAAAAAGUGUUAAUUUCUUCUAUUCAUAGUUUCAUUAGACUGUUUAUUUAUGUUAAUAAUAGCUGAAGCUGACAUAGCGACUGAAGGUUAGAGGGGUGCCAGGCCUUUCCCAUUUUCCCACAAACUUUUUUUAUUUAUUGUCGAUUUCAAAUUAUAAAAAAAUUAUUAGUAAUUUAGGAAACUUAUUGCUUCAGAGCAAUUUACUUGAAACUAAUUACUUGUCACUUACAUUUACUACGAAGUUUAAAAAAAGAAAAAAUAUAAUCACUCAGAAUUUCUGUAAAAUAAAAUAAAUAUCUAUAUAGUUUAGAUAUUUACUUUACUUUGAUUCUGAUAAUCACUCAAAAUGACUACAAAAUUAAAUAAAUUUCUAUCUAAAACAAAAAAAGGGUAAUGUAUUCACGAUAGUGUUUUGUUCCCACAAUAGAGGUGGUUUAGUAUUUGGUUCUCUCCUAUCUCAGUCGUGUGAAGAUGAUCGGGGAUAUGUUUCUUCAAGGAAACAUUCUUCACUAUAAGACUUUACUGCAUAGCUACUGCUCUUAUUUAUGUCCUUAGUAAGGGAUGCAUGCUUGCUGCUAAGCAGCAUAAUUUUCUUUGAUGAAAUAUAGCUAUACAGCUGAGGUUGUGCUUUAUUAAAUUAAAAGUUGAUUGGAUAUGUUUCUUUAAGGAAGCAUUCUUCACUAUGGUUUUACCUCAAACAAUUUACUGCAUAACAACUGUAGUUUUAAAUUUUUUGUUAUUUAUGUCCUUAGUAAAUGAUGCAUGCUUGAUGCUAUGCCACAUAAUUUUCUUUGAUGCAACAUAGUUGUACAGCUGGGGUUGUGCUUUUGUAAAUUAAAGUAGUAGUCUUGCGUUAGAAUGCAAUUGCUGGCUGCUCCAUCUUCCUUCAAAACUAGUCACUAACACACUCAUAACUUUUAUUCCUUCGUGGACUUAAGAGCUGUAAAACAUUACUUAUUGUAUAAUUUUAAACUUCACAAUCCUGCUCAAUUUAUUAAAUUAUCAAAUUUAAGUAAGCAAAUUAAUUGAAUAUAAACAAUUAUUGAAUUAUCACAAUUAUGUGUCAUCAAGUAAAUUUAUUGAAACGUAAUAUUUUCCAUAUGAAAAUUGGAUAGAAAAGCCUGGUGCCACCAAUAUUGAAUGAUAUGCAAUUCACCUGAAAAAAAAGUGUUAUGUGCAGAUAUUGUUAAACUAUGAAUUGUUUUUUUUUUUUUUUNUUUUUUUUUUUUUUUUGCAGAUACUUCUGGAACAACUAAAGUUUAAUUUUGUAAGCACUGUACCUCAUAUUAAGACAUUCCUUGCUUAAACUUUACUUUCCCCCCCUUUUUUUUUACGUCCACAACUACAGCGACUGCUUUUUUUUCAGUUGAAGCCUAAAUAUACGUAUGUUAAAACUGUCACAAAAUCAUUUUAAAGCCUGCUUUUAAUUUGAUAACAAAUAUAACCUAUUGUAUAAUAACUGAUAAACUACAGAGCUUUUUAGACAUAUUUUUGCAAAAGUUUUUCCUACCAAGCUCUGUUUUUUUUUUUUACUAAAUAACCUACAGAAAAUGAAUGCUUCGCGAAAAAGCAACCUAAACCAAGCUCAAGAUUGAUAGUUGUAAGCAUUCAAAUAAAUACGAGUCUAAAUAAGUAAUGUUUUAUUGUAUGGUUCAGUGCUUAAGUGAUAGUAUUUUAAUUUGCAAUGAAUCAUUAUUUAAAGUUUGUAAUCAAUAUUGUUCAUGAUACUUGACUACCCGUUUAAUGACUGAAUUAUUAUCACUUAAUAAUCAGGCAACAUUUAAAUAGUGUAUCUAUAUUGUACAGAAACCACUUCUUAUGUUUUGAUUGAACAUUUUAACGAAAAUCCUCUAAAAUAAGAAUACAGUGAGACAAUGUGUAAAUAUGUACUACAUAUAUAUUAAUAUAAAUAAAUAAAUGUUAUCUGUUAUAUUUACUAUGGGGGUUCCUUAUAAAUACUUUUUUUUAUGUUAUUUAUUAGUUCCUGUUAUAAAAGAGUUGAAAGAGAUUCAUAACUUCUUACACUAAAGUGUGUCAGAGAAAUAAGGAGUGAGAUUGUAAACAAAACUGCUAUGUUUUUUUUAUUUUAUUGUCCAAUAUCUUAAUCAACAGCAGCUAAACAAAUUUAAGUUUGAGAAAAGCCCUGUGGCAGAAUGGGUUUUUGGGCUUUCUGCGACAAACUUCCCUAGCGCUAAUAUUUUUUGCUUUAAGAUACUUUGAAUUAUAACAAUUACUAAUUUGAAGUAACAGAAACGUUGUGUUUACUGAAGAGAGUAUAGAAUAAAAAUUAAUAAAAAAAUUUUAAUUGUGAAAGUAAUUUUUUUUUAAGUUCUAAUAUUAUCAGCGAUAUUCUCGUAUUUUGUUGACGGAAAAAUGCACUGAUUAUUUCCUCUUUCGAAUUUUGUAAGUCAUCGCACAAAUUAAAAUUCGUUAAUAAAUUAAACAAUAAUAAAUCAAAAUUCGAACAUAAAUUAAAAAUCGUGAAAUCCGUGUAGUAAUUCCCAGAAUAAAGACAACCUAUCACAGGAAGAGAAUUCUUUAAAAAAGAGAUACUCAAAUAAGUGUUAGUAAAAUAGGGUGUUCUUUAAAGAAAAAGAAAGAACAUCGCUUCUAGAGCGAACAAACUUUUGCGAUUUCUGAUUUUUUUAUUUUAUAUUAUUAAUUUGAAAUUCUAGCUGAACCCAGUCAUUACGGAUGUUUUUAAAAAUCUCCAAUCAGAGUAGAAAAAUCAUGAUUAUUUCUUUUCUCUCUCCUUAAGAAAGACAUUUUUGGAAGAAAAAAAUUCUGCAGGGGAAUAAAAAGAAAUUUUCUUUUUCAAAACAAAAUUUUUUUCUUUCCAAAUGAAAAAUAUUUCUGCAAAAACUCUGUGACGUUUUGAGGCAAUGUCGCGGCAAUUCUGCCACAGUGGAGAAAUUUUGAAACUGAAAAAAUAAAUCAAUUGAUAUGAAUUUUAGAAUCAAUGAUUGUAAUCAAAUUUUCAGUUUAUUAAGCUAUUUUAUUGUUUAGAAUCUCCGAUUUAAUAUGUAGUAAUUAAUUGUAAUCAAAUUUGUAGACAAGGAGUGUUAAAAUUUAAUCUAUGAAUUUUAUCCAAAUCAAUGGAAUUUGACAACAAAAAAUCUUAUCAAUAUAUUUAAUACUGACUUAUUAAAAUAAGUAUACUAUGAGUUUAAAGUUUUCCUCGUAAUCUCUUGGGACAAUAUGUCCAAAUCAUCUUGAAUAUUGUAAAAAUACUAAUUGAUUGCAUGGUUAUAAAUGCAUCGAAUUAUUUAUUCUUACUAGAAGUUGUCUUACCAGAAGUUGCAGAAACCAGAAGUUGCCAUUAUAAAGUAAUCAAAAGAAGAACUAAAAUUUUGUCUUAUAAUAUUUAUAUCACUAAUGUGAUAUAUUGUCCCACUUGUAAGUAGAUUGGGACAAUAAUCCAAAAAUGAAAUUUCUAAAUCUGAUACUUAUAGGCACAAUCUUUACUUAAUAAGAACAAACAACUAUUUGACACAAAAUACGGCAAAAAUAUAGUUUUACUUACCUCAAAAUUCAGAAAAUAUGUAAAUUAAAAUGAGAUUGACUGCAUGCUCACAAACAGAAUUUGAUUAUGAGAGUGCUGACAAGUUUCUUUAGUUAUAUUUUUAUUCCCUAAUGCCUAAAAAACUCGGAAAACAUUAAAAAAAAAACAUGCAAAAUUGGGAUCUGUUUAUCCAUUAGGGAAUAAAGUUUAAUCUUUGGGAUGUAUAUGUCCAAUUAAGGUCAAAAGGGUUAAUAACAGAUUUUUCCGACCCCUAAUUGAAUUAUAUCAAUUGUUAGGCUUAAAAUUAAUUCCAUUGCAUAAUAUUUAUAAAUUAUUUUCACAAAACAGUAUCUUCUGCAAUAUUUGUUUACUUUCAAUCUCUGGUUUUCCUGACGGAACUACUGACUGGCCAUCAGGAGAUGUGUUCUCAGGUUGUUUCCAGCGAGGACAGGACACAUCUCACGAUAGCCAGAAAGUAUAUACAUAUAUAUAUAUACAGUUUCAGCCUCUACAUAUGUUAUUUCAUUCAGAUUCAGCGAUCGAAAUAUAUUUUUGGUAUAAACUUAUUUUAGUCAAAUUGAAGGGGUGUGUCUGGAAUAUUAACAAUAUAGCGGACUAUUCCAAAUUAUGUUUUCCAUUCUAGCACAUCCUCCUCCCCAUAUGUUCCGGACACUACCCUUUAUAGUCUCAUCUGAGCAGUGAUAUAAGAGUAAGCACCAUUUGAGGAAGAGUGUCCACGUGACUCCUUUGUGCAUACUGUACUUUGUUUCUAUUUAUUAUACUUAGGUGUGUGAAAAAAUGCUUUCUCAUGGACAAGUGUUUGUCUUCCUUGUUUAAAUAAAUAAAAGCCAUUUUGCUUCAA